AUGGCUGAAAGAUUGGUUACACUGUUGUGUUACUGGAAUGGAUGUGUAAAGUAUGGUCCUGAUGGCGUUUACUACGAAGGAUCAACUUCUGAGAAGAUCAGAGCUAAGCGGAAGACUGAGCUAAGCAAAUUGUUGGAUGGGCUUUAUCUACUGACUGGUUUAGAUAAGCAGAGAUCAAAGCUUGACAUAUUUGGCAAGUACCCUGUUGCUGUUUCACCCAAUCUGUAUACGUAUGUACAUCUUCCCGUAGUGAACGACACUACUUUGGAGACAAUGCUUGAGGUUCCAAGCAAACACCCUUCUAUCAACACUGUGGAACUGUAUUUGGAAGUUAAUUCAACAUGUGAUGAUGCUAUUGAUCCUCUCGCUGCUUGUUCAUCGAAGAGGCAGAGAACCCAACCUCCUGUUGUUAAAUUGGAGAGAGAUAAGGGGUUUGAAGUUGAGGGAGUGGACAACACUUACAAAAGGAUUGAAGGCGAGGCAAAUGGUAGCACUCAUGGAGAUGGAGAAAUGGCGCAGGGUGUUAACGGCAAUGCCAACAAGGAUAUAAAUGUGCCAGGCCUAGAGACGGCAGCAAAUGCAUGUUUGAAUAACGGUGUCGGUUCAAGCGCUUCAAACCCGUCUUCUCUAUCCAGUUUGUGGGUCGAUGAUCAUGAUUUGCGAGUAGGGUUGCGUUUCAAGGAUAGAGAUGAGCUGAAGAAGGCGGUGGAAUGGUGCUCCAUUAGAGGACAGCAAAAGUGUCUUGUACAAGAGACUGGGAAGGACGAGUGUAUGUUUAAAUGCAUCAGAUGGAAAUGCAGUUGGUCUCUUUAUGCAGCUACAAGGGAAGAACAUGGGGAAUGUUUUGAGAUAACCAAGUAUACUGGUCCACACACUUGUUCUCCUAUAGCGCCAGAGAGUUUCAACGUGGAACUUGCAGCAGAGGAGAUUGAAUCUCUGAUCAGGGUACAGCCUACGCUGACAAUCGCAGAGUUGAAGAAAGGGUGGCUUGACAAAUUCGGCUACAAGCAUGAUACUACAGAGAUGAAGGCAGCAAAACAAGAAGCGAUAAAAAAAGUAUAUGGAGAUUGGGACCAGAGUUUCAGAUUGUUGCCUAAAUUAAUGGUUGCCUUUCACUCAUCUAACGAGCUAGCUGUGGACUGGCAGUAUGAUCCUUUUCCUUAUCCUGAAUUCGCAUCCUUUCGUAGUGUGUUUUGUGCGUUUUCGCAGUCCAUUCAAGGCUUCCCACACUGCAGACCUGUGAUCAUAGUGGACACUAAAGACUUGAACGGUAAGUACCCUAUGAAACUGAUGGUUGCCUUGGGACUCGACGCUGACGAUUGCUAUUUCCCGCUUGCCUUUGCGGUUACCAAACAAGUGUCCAUUGAUAGUUGGCGUUGGUUUCUCAGUAGAAUCAGAGAGAAGGUUACACAAAGGAAAGGUCUUUGUUUGAUUUCCAGUCCCCACCCGGACAUAGUAGCUGUCGUUAACGAACCAGGGUCUCUUUGGAAAGAACCGUGGGCUUAUCACAGGUUCUGUCUGGAUCAUGUGCGCUCUCAGUUCCGUGGCGUUUUUAAAGACGACGACCUGGACAGCCUUGUGGAGCAGGCUGGUUCGACGACUCGGCAGGAUGAGUUUGAUUCCUACAUGGACAUUAUUAAAAAGGAGAACUCAGAAGCUUGGCAAUGGUUAGACAAAAUGGCUCCACAUCAGUGGGCGCUUGCUCAUGACGGUGGUCGGAGAUACGGAUACAUGAUUACAGAUGUAGAGCGUUUGUUUUCAGUUUGUGAAAGCAUUCAGUCUCUUGGUCUUGGUCUUCCAGUGACAGCGGCUGCAUUGCUUCUGUUUGAUGACCUGAGAUUAGAUUUUCAAACCGGUCUUAGUAAUAGCCUUGGUAGGCUUAAACGCGGAGAUAUGUACACAAAACCUGUCAUGGACAAGCUCAAAGAGUUCACGACAGCCUCUAUUACAUACGUUGUAAUGCCGUUAGACAACAAUGCGUUUCAGGUCACAACACCUUUGCAAAAGAAUGGAUGGAUCGUUCGGCUGAGCGACUACACGUGCACGUGUGGGGAGUUUCAGUCAGAGAAGAUUCCAUGUCUGCACGCUCUAGCAGUCUGCGAGAAGCUGAAGAUCAACCCUUUGCAAUAUGUAGAUGACUAUUACACUAUUGAACGACUGUACAAGACGUACUCCGCCUCAUUUUCUCCCAUUCCUGAAGUAUCAGCUUGGCCGGAAGCUUCUGGAGUUCCGACAUUGUUUCCUCCGGUCAUUCUGCCACCGCCACCUCAGACUGGUGUAUCAGGAAAACGGAAGAAGAGUGAUACAAGUCCAAAGAGCAACACUGAGAAACCUACCAAGGAGCAGUCAAAAUCUGCAGCAAAAGAGAAACCAGUAAAAGGCAAAGGAAAAGGCGAAACCAAGAAGCCUCCUCUUAGUGAUGCAGAGCUGAAACUUGCAGUUAUCAAUAUCUUGAAAAAGAUGGACAGGACAGCAAGCUUCGCUGACAUCAUCAAGAGACUUGGUGACAAGUUCAAAACCGAUCUCAACCCAAGAAAGUCAUCUAUAAAGCAAAUGAUCCAAGAUGAGCUCACUAAGGUUACAGAAGAAGCCGGUGAUGAGGAUAAGGAAGCAGAAUAA